CUGCGCGAGGGGGCGGGAGUGGGGCGGGGCCAGCGCGGCGCGGCGCGAGACGACAAGAUGGCGUCUACGGCAGCUGGGAAGCAGCGGAUCCCUAAAGUGGCCAAGGUGAAAAACAAAGCACCCGCGGAAGUCCAGAUCACAGCAGAGCAGCUUUUAAGAGAGGCAAAGGAGAGAGAGCUCGAGCUUCUACCACCCCCUCCGCAGCAGAAGAUCACAGAUGUUGAAGAGCUAAAUGAUUACAAACUUCGGAAAAGGAAGACUUUUGAAGAUAACAUAAGAAAAAACAGAACUGUUAUCAGUAACUGGAUAAAGUACGCACAAUGGGAGGAAAGCCUAAAAGAAAUACAGAGAGCCCGUUCCAUUUACGAGCGUGCUUUAGAUGUAGACUACAGAAAUGUCACACUCUGGCUGAAAUAUGCAGAAAUGGAAAUGAAGAACCGCCAGGUUAAUCAUGCCCGAAACAUUUGGGAUCGAGCCAUUACCACCCUCCCUAGGGUGAACCAGUUCUGGUAUAAAUAUACUUACAUGGAAGAGAUGUUGGGGAAUGUUGCUGGAUCUCGUCAGGUGUUUGAACGUUGGAUGGAGUGGCAACCAGAGGAGCAAGCCUGGCAUUCCUAUAUUAACUUUGAGCUGAGAUACAAGGAGGUGGACAGGGCACGUACCAUUUAUGAGAGAUUUGUUAUUGUUCACCCUGAUGUGAAGAACUGGAUCAAGUAUGCUCGCUUUGAAGAAAAGCACUGUUAUUUUGCUCACGCAAGGAAAGUAUAUGAGAGGGCAGUGGAGUUCUUCGGGGAAGACCAUAUGGAUGAGCACUUGUAUGUGGCUUUUGCAAAAUUUGAGGAGAACCAGAAAGAAUUUGAAAGAGUAAGGGUGAUCUACAAAUAUGCCUUGGAUAGAAUUCCAAAACAGGACGCUCAAAAUCUCUUCAAAAAUUACACCAUCUUUGAGAAGAAGUUUGGAGAUAGAAGGGGAAUUGAAGACAUCAUUGUCAGCAAGAGAAGAUUCCAGUAUGAAGAGGAGGUGAAGGCAAAUCCACAUAAUUAUGAUGCAUGGUUUGACUACUUAAGGUUAGUUGAAAGCGAUGCAGAUGCAGAGACUGUCCGAGAAGUAUAUGAAAGAGCCAUUGCCAACAUUCCUCCAAUUCAAGAGAAGAGACACUGGAAGAGAUAUAUUUAUCUUUGGAUUAACUAUGCAUUAUAUGAAGAGCUGGAAGCAAAGGAUCCAGAGCGAACCAGACAAGUUUAUCAGGCAUGUAUUCAGCUCAUUCCCCACAAGAAGUUUACAUUUGCCAAAAUAUGGCUGCUGUAUGCACAAUUUGAAAUACGACAGAAAAACCUUCCACUUGCCAGAAGAGCUUUGGGAACAUCCAUAGGUAAAUGUCCAAAAAACAAACUUUUUAAAGGUUAUAUUGAACUGGAGUUACAACUGCGGGAAUUUGAUCGUUGCCGAAAGCUGUAUGAAAAAUUCCUGGAAUUUGCACCAGAAAACUGCACAUCAUGGAUUAAAUUUGCUGAACUGGAGACCAUCCUUGGUGAUACUGACAGAGCCCGUGCAAUAUAUGAAUUGGCUAUUGGCCAGCCCCGGCUAGACAUGCCAGAGGUUCUUUGGAAAUCCUACAUUGACUUUGAAAUUGAGCAAGAGGAGUAUGAGAAAACAAGAAAUCUUUACCGCAGAUUGCUUCAACGGACACAGCAUGUUAAGGUAUGGAUCAGCUUUGCACAGUUUGAACUAUCUGCUGGAAGGGAAGAUAGUUUGUCAAGAUGUCGGCAGAUUUAUGAAGAGGCUAAUAAGGCAAUGCGAAACUGUGAGGAGAAAGAGGAAAGAGUCAUGCUUCUGGAAUCCUGGAAGAACUUUGAAGAGGGAUUCGGAAAUUAUACCACCAAAGAGAGAAUAGAAAAACUUAUGCCUGAAAAAAUAAAGAAGAGGAGAAAACUGCAGGCUGAAGAUGGGUCUGAUGCUGGCUGGGAGGAAUAUUAUGAUUAUAUUUUCCCAGAAGAUACUGCCAAUCAGCCUAAUCUCAAACUACUUGCAAUGGCUAAACUCUGGAAGAAACAGCAACAGGAGAGUGAAGCUGCAGAAAUGGAUCCAGACAAAGACAUUGAUGAAAGCCAGACUUAAUAUGUUGCCUUCCCCUGUUCCUUUUCUUGAGUGUUGUACAGUAUUUUCAUUGGUGAUGAAUAAAUGUACUUGAAGGGUUUUACUAUUUUUGACUUCAGAGAAUUUUUUUUUUU